AUGGNGAAGACCCAACAGCUGCUGACAUACUACGAGCUGGACCUGGGAUUGAACCAUGUGGUCAGAAAAUACUCCGAGCAGUUAGAGGAGCAUGCUAACUUCUUAGUAACAGUCCCUGGAGGCACAGAGGGUCCCAGUGGAGUGUUGAUCUGCUCAGAAAACUAUAUCACAUACAAGAACUUUGGUGACCAGAUGGACAUCAGGUGCCCCAUUCCCAGGAGGAGGAAUGACCUUGAUGACCCAGAGCGAGGGAUGAUAUUUGUAUGCAGUGCCACACACAAGACCAAAACCAUGUUCUUCUUCCUGGCACAGACAGAGCAGGGGGACAUCUUCAAGAUAACACUGGAGACAGAUGAGGACAUGGUGACAGAAAUCAAAUUGAAAUAUUUCGACACAGUUCCUGUUGCCACGGCAAUGAGUGUUCUUAAGACGGGAUUCCUCUAUGUUGCCACAGAGUUUGGAAACCAUUACCUGUACCAGAUAGCUCACCUGGGAGAUGAUGACGAGGAGCCAGAGUUCAGCAGUGCAAUGCCACUAGAGGAAGGAGACACAUUCUUCUUUGCCCCCAGACCUCUCAAGAACUUGGUCCUGGUGGAUGAAAUGGACAGCUUGUCUCCUAUAAUGAACUGUCAGAUAGCUGACCUGGCCAAUGAAGACACACCCCAGCUGUACACACUGUGUGGCAGAGGACCCAGGUCUACACUCAGGGUACUCAGGCAUGGUCUGGAGGUAUCAGAGAUGGCCGUAUCAGAACUUCCUGGUAACCCCAAUGCUGUGUGGACAGUGAAGAGGAAUGUAGAAGAGGAAUACGAUGCCUAUAUCAUUGUGUCCUUCGUCAACGCCACCCUUGUGUUGUCUAUUGGAGAGACGGUUGAAGAAGUGACGGACUCUGGCUUCCUGGGAACCACACCCACUUUGUCUUGUUCUCAACUUGGUGACGAGGCCCUAGUACAGAUCUACCCUGAUGGUAUUCGUCACAUUCGGUCAGACAAGCGUGUGAACGAGUGGAAGACACCUGGCAAGAAAACGAUCGUGAAGUCAGCUGUGAACCAAAGACAAGUCGUUAUUGCUUUAACAGGAGGAGAGCUGGUCUAUUUUGAGAUGGACCCCACUGGUCAGCUCAACGAGUACACAGAGCGUAAGGAGAUGUCGGCAGACGUGAUCUGCAUGGCUCUUGGCAGAGUGCCAAUGGGAGAGCAGAGGUCCAGGUUCCUGGCCGUUGGGCUAGCAGACAACACUGUCAGGAUCAUUUCCUUAGACCCUUCUGACUGCCUGUCCCCUCUCAGUAUGCAAGCUCUGCCCGCUGCCCCAGAGUCCCUGUGUAUUGUGGAGAUGGGAGGUAUUGAAGCCAAGGAAGGGGAAGGGGGCACACUGGGGACCAUGUACCUGAAUAUUGGACUGCAGAAUGGAGUCCUGCUGCGUACAGUGCUUGACACGGUGACGGGAGACCUGACGGACACCAGGACCAGGUACCUGGGCUCCAGGGCCGUCAAACUCUUCAGGAUCACGAUGCAGGGAAAUGAAGCUGUUCUGGCUAUGUCAAGCAGAUCUUGGUUGAGUUAUUUCUACCAGAACCGUUUCCACCUGACGCCACUGUCCUAUGAGUCUUUGGAGUACGCCUCGGGGUUCUCUAGUGAGCAGUGUCCUGAGGGUAUCGUCGCCAUCUCAACUAACACACUGAGGAUUUUAGCCCUUGAAAAGCUAGGUGCUGUGUUCAAUCAGGUGUCCACUCCACUCCAGUACACGCCCAGGAAGUUUGUCAUCCAUCCAGAGUCCAGUAAUCUUGUUACCAUAGAGACUGACCACAACGCCUACACGGAGGAGACCAAGCAGCAGAGGAAGGAACAGAUGGCUGAGACUGGUCAGCUCAACGAGUACACAGAGCGUAAGGAGAUGUCGGCAGACGUGAUCUGCAUGGCUCUUGGCAGAGUGCCAAUGGGAGAGCAGAGGUCCAGGUUCCUGGCCGUUGGGCUAGCAGACAACACUGUCAGGAUCAUUUCCUUAGACCCUUCUGACUGCCUGUCCCCUCUCAGUAUGCAAGCUCUGCCCGCUGCCCCAGAGUCCCUGUGUAUUGUGGAGAUGGGAGGUAUCGAAGCCAAGGAAGGGGAAGGGGGCACACUGGGGACCAUGUACCUGAAUAUUGGACUGCAGAAUGGAGUCCUGCUGCGUACGGUGCUGGACACGGUGACGGGUGACCUGACGGACACCAGGACCAGGUACCUGGGUUCCAGGGCCGUCAAACUCUUCAGGAUCACGAUGCAGGGAAAUGAAGCUGUUCUGGCUAUGUCAAGCAGAUCUUGGUUGAGUUAUUUCUACCAGAACCGUUUCCACCUGACUCCACUGUCCUACGAGUCCUUGGAGUACGCCUCGGGGUUCUCUAGUGAGCAGUGCCCUGAGGGUAUCGUAGCCAUCUCAACUAACACACUGAGGAUUUUAGCCCUUGAAAAGCUAGGUGCUGUGUUCAACCAGGUGUCCACCCCACUCCAGUACACGCCCAGGAAGUUUGUCAUCCAUCCAGAGUCCAGUAAUCUUGUUACCAUAGAGACUGACCACAACGCCUACACGGAGGAGACCAAGCAGCAGAGGAAGGAACAGAUGGCUGAGAAUGUUCUGGAUGGGGAUUUGUGUGAAAUGUUUACGUCAAUGGAGCCACACAAACAGAAGAGUGUUGCAGAGGAGUUGGACAGAACCCCUAGUGAGGUAUCCAAAAAGCUGGAGGAUAUCAGAACGAGAUAUGCUUUCUAAGCCCGUGAGAACUUGUGGACAAUGAACUAUAAAAAAAAUGUAAAUUUUGUACAGUGAACCAUGGAGCUCCAGUUGCUGGGAAGAUUUUUAUACAAUGCAGACCCAGGUGCAGACGACAGGACUGUCAUUGUAGACUAGUUAUAUGUAACAUUUUGUAUCAUUUUGUGAGAGAGCUGUAACAGUCUGCGCGACAUCUGUUUUAUUUUUUUACAGUGUAAUGAAAAUAUUCCUGUGAAUCUGUCUCCAUAUUUGUAUUAAAAUAGUGCUGUAAAAAUGAGAAAAUGUAUAUGCCUUGGUUGAAAUACUGAAAGAAUAUUAAAUAAAUGAACAGAGUGUGGGUUAUUAGUUGCUGCCAAGUGAUGUCCACAUACAAGAUUUCCAUUGACCUUCUUCAUUUGAAGUUCUGACCUGAAAAUUGGAAAUGAGCCAAAUUAUGACAUAGGUUAAUGAAAAAAUCAUGCUAGUUAAUGAAAAAAUCAUGCUAAUUCAAUUUGCGCAUGCACAAUGGAAAACUAAUUGGAUCUCGAAGAUUCUUCGAAAGCCAAAUGCUAUGUGCUAGUAGUUUAAUUAAAACUGACUUGAGAGAUGCCAAACCAAGACCCAUAUUAAAAAACUAUAGUCUUGGUUUAUUGGACAUUUUAAGUAAUUGUUUCAGGAAAAUGAGCCGACAGAUGAAGCACUAGAAUUCAAAUUAUAGACCUUGAAUGUGUACACUUGUGAGAAAUUUGGUGACUGGUAUUGCUUACAAAUCACUCUAGUUUAUAGGGUGAUAUUUAUAUUCAAAAAUGAUUUUUUUUUUUUUUUAUUGUUGCCAAAUGCACAACCAGUUAUAUGGGCAAAUAACAAAAAGAUAUUUUUAUGGUUAAAUUACCAGAAGAUAUUUUUAUGGUUAAAUUACCAGAAGAUAUUUUUAUGGUUAAAUUACCAGAUGUGGUUAACCUGAAACUUCCAAGGAAUAAUUGUCUUGGCAACAAAAGAAAUGUGAUUCUCGCAUGUAUUGAUCUUUGUCUUCUGAGACUUGAACUUAUGCCUACCUAAUAAUCAUGAUGCAAAAAUAAACCUGUACAGAAAAAUAA